AUGGGUUUGCCAAAACUACGAGCAUGGAUGCGUCAAACAAUGCCAAAGUGUUUUGCUGUUCUAGAAAAAAAAAAACCAUUAGAAAUAGAUCAUAUAUUUGUAGACAUCAAUUUUAUCCUGCAUUUAAAAGCACACAGGUCGGCGUCCUCCAACUCGUUGAUGAUUCAAGUGGUCAAGAAACUUCGACAAAUAAUUCAACAUGGUGCAAUUCGAGUCACCCGCCAGCUUUUUCUUUCUGUAGACGGUCCUCCUCCAAUAGCAAAAAUGUUGCUCCAAAGGUCUCGUAGAAUUAAAUCGGGAGAAAAUCGGAAAAAAUGCUCAUAUUCGAGAUUUGAUACCAGACAAAUCACUCCUGGGUGCAUGUUUAUGGACGAUGUUGAACGGUAUCUCGAGCACUAUGCAUGCAAGCAUUUAGCUGUAUCACCUAAAAACGCACCCCAACCAUCCGUCAUUAUUAGUGGUCCAUCUGUUCCUGGAGAAGGCGAGCUCAAAAUUAUUGAAACAAUUGUCAAAAUGCAACAAGAUGCUGAAAUUAGAGCGAACGAGCGGUUUGCAAUUCUUGGAUCAGAUACAGACAUUAUCCUGCAAACCAUUGCAGCCAACGUCGACUGUUUGGUAAUUGACAGUUCUACAAAUGAAGUAUUCUCCGUCGAAUCAUUUUACAAAAGUCUUGAAAGCAUGGUACCUGGAAAAGAUACUAGGCGGGUUGCAUUGGACUUUGCUGCGCUAGUUUUAUUUAGUGGAAAUGAUUAUCUGCCCAAAUUGCCCAAGGUACCUAUUUCAAUAACAUGGGCUGCAUACAUCAAGUAUUCAAAAACCAUUCAAUUUCAACAUAUUGUCAGUGAUGACGCUAAAAGCUUUUGCACCAAAGCAUUACUAGACCUUCUAGAGACAAUUAAAAUUCAAGAACCAAAACUCCGUCGCAAGCCAUCAGCAUCCAGUACUGCAGCAGCUCAAAAUGCUGAAAGCUCUGAAGAGGAAGAAUCGGAAAAGGAGAUCGUGAUUAACAUUAACCCCAUAAAUACCUCUGCAUCCAAUUCAGAUAUAUUUGUGCCUAAAAUUAAUCUAGCCAAAGCAACUCAGCAAGAUUUGUCUGACGAUGGAAUGGUCAAACAAUAUCUUGAAGGAACUUUAUGGUGUUUGCACAUGUUUCGAAAUGGAAAGUGUGUAAACUUUUCCUUCAGGUAUUCAUUCAAGAGACCUCCAACAGUUCGUGAGGUGAUUUCCUAUUUAAAAAGAAAUACUGCCAAUAUUCAUGCACCAAUCGAGAAUAACGAAGCACUUCCCGCUGCUGUUUGUGCUUCCAUGGUAGUCCAGUCCGAGUGCAAAUCUUUCAUAGAGCCGCGUCUUCGGCCAUUAAUGGAUGUGUUUCAAUCGUUGAUUAAAGUAGACUUUAGUUUAGCCGGUGUGGCUAUGCAAGAUGCGUAUAACCAAAUGCAGCAGCACUAUAUGUCUUUAAACAAACCGUUUGAUGUACGAAAUACUGUUCCAUAUGCACUUGUGUUGCGAAAACCCACGUAUAUAAACCCAUUGGCAUCACCCGAAUCCAAUCAAAAUCGAACCGAAGUUUAUAUUCCAAAUCCAGCCAGACAGUUUGGUGACUUUUUUACUUUCAACAACCCAUUUUGGAAAGUAAAGCUUGAUCCUGGAGAGGGCAUCAAUGUAGUUAAACAGUCCGAGUCGUUACAGCAGGAACCAAUACAUUACACUAACAACGUUACUGGUCCGAUAUCGCAGCCAUCAGUCUUUAAAAACAACGCUCUAAAUCAGAAACCACUGCAGCAUCAACCUUUAUUGGAUAAAAACAACGUUCUAAAUCAGAAACCACUGCAACAACAACCUUCAUCGGGUAAAAACAAUACCCCAAAUCAGAAACCACUGCAACAACAACCUUUGUCGGAUAAAAACAACGCUCCGAAUCAGAAACCGGUGCAACAACAACCUUCAUCGGGUAAAAACAAUACCCCAAAUCAGAAACCGGUGAAACAACAACCUUCAUCGGGUAAAGGGAAAAAGUCGAAUCAAAAAUCGGGUAAAGGGAAAAAGUUGAAUCAGAAAUCGGUGCAACAACAAUCUUUGUCGGGUAAAAGCAAAAAGUCGAAUCAGAAAUCGGGUAAAGGCAAAAAGUCGAAUCAGAAAUCGGUGCAACAACAGCCUUUGUCGGGUAAAAACAAUACUCCAGAUCAGAAAUCGGUGCAACAACAACAACCUUUGUCGGAUAAAAACAACGUUUCGGAUCAGAAAUCGGUGCAAUAUCAACCUUCGUCGGGUAAAGGCAACAAGUUGAAUCAAAAAUCGGUGCAACAUCAACCACACAACGCAAAGAAUUACAGCUCAGCUCAAAGUACUCAAUCCAUGACACUUGUUGAUAUCAACGCAACUCGAAAAAUAGUACAAGCUCGAAAACCACAAAAAAAGGCACAUACGCCAGUCAAAAAUACUGUUUCGUCUCAACGGUUUGAUCUAAACGAGAUUGAUGUGGAUAUAUCUGCCAUUAUAGCCACCAGUAUGGCUGAAUAUAGUUUUAAUCGAACCAACAAAAAGCGUGACAAGAGACAUCAGCCUUGCCAAUAUGGUAAUGCAAAGCGAAUUCGACGAGAUGUUCAAAAAUGAUGAUAAAAACGAGAAUAUCUUGUACGAGUCUUACUGCCGUGUUCAUGUAAAAUGAAACACUGGAUAAGGGUGUUAAAAUGCAUAAUAAACAGUUGGAUUGUCAUG